UAACUUAAAAUAAUGAAUGGAGAAAGUAAGGUGUGGUGAGGACAGAGUAUCCUUCCAAGGUUGGACCGCUACGUUGCUCUGUAUCUAUAAUCAUAAACUAAGAAGUAACCCUCACAAAAAGCGUUUCGCUUCAAAGCUCAGAAAAUUCGUGUUGGGAUUUCACUUUCAGUUAUAUUAUACUGCCUGCUCUCUGUAACAUGAGGUGACUUGAAGAUGGAUGACAUACCAGGAUAUGUACGUUACUGUUUCAACACAGGGAAGCUUCUCUUUUUGGCACUUUUGGUCUCAGGAGGAAUCGUCUUACAAAUUUUGGCAUGUGCUUUGUAUAAUAAUUGGUGGCCGAUGCUUAGUGCUAUAACAUAUGUGCUUCUUCCAAUGCCGUUGCUGUUCUUCGCUGGGUCUGAUGGUUCUUCUAUGUUUUCUGAAUCUGAUAAUAGCUGGGUGAAUUUCGGCAAGUUCUUGACCGGAGCCUCAACUCUCGGAGGCAUUGCAAUUCCAAGCAUAUUAAUACAUGCUGGUGUGAUCGGCUGGGCAGCCUUUGCAUUGGAACUCUCUUCUUUCUUUGUGUUCGUAUUAGCCAUUUUGUGUUUCCUGUGGAUGAGUGAUGAAGAUAGUUACAGUAUGCUAUGAAACAGGAGUUCAACAAGGCUUGCAUCAUUGGUGUAAAAAUGUAUUUGUUCCUUUUGUGUGCUAUUGAUUUCUUUUGCUUUUGUAUUAUACACCUCAACAUCCUCCCCUCGGUUAAAAUAUUGAUAAACAUGUACCAUAAAUUGUUUGCUUUUGCGUUUAGCAAGUAUUGAUAGCCUCUCCUUCUCCA